GCAAGGCUCGGGUGCGCACGCAACAGUGCCCUCCUCCUCCUCCUCCUCUUCCCCCCUCUGUCCCCUCCAGAUCUACCCUCCUUCUCCUACUCCUCCUCCUCUCUGUCACUGGUCGGCGGGACCCCAUCCGGCUGGAGAUCGGUGCAGAUCGUCCCCGGCCCGGCCAGGCAGCCCUCGCCAUGUCGUACGGGCCCCUAGAUAUGUACCGGGCGGCGGGGCCCUCAGGCCCGCAGGGCCCCCAGCCCCGGGACUUUGACAGCAUCUUCCAUACCUGCUGCGGCCAUAUCCAGAGAAUCAGCCACGCCACUGUUCAGAUCAAGAAUUUGAUGAGCCAACUGGGAACUAAGCAAGAUUCCAGCAAACUGCAGGAAAAUAUACAACAACUGCAACAUUCCACAAAUCAGCUUGCUAAGGAGACAAAUGAAUGCUUGAAAGAGCUGGGAUCAUUGCCGCUCCCUCUGUCUGCUUCUGAACAGCGCCAGCAGAAACUUCAGAAGGAGCGUUUGAUGAAUGACUUCUCUGUAGCCUUAAAUAGCUUUCAGGCUGUUCAGAGAAAAGUGUCGGAGAAGGAGAAGGAGUCUGUUGCCCGAGCACGGGCGGGAUCCCGGCUCUCUGCAGAGGAGAGGCAGAGAGAGGAGCAGCUUGUCUCAUUUGACAGCAAUGAAGAGUGGAAUCAGAUGCAGUCACAGGAAGAUGAGCUGGCCAUUACAGAGCAAGACCUCGAACUCAUUAAGGAACGAGAAACUGCGAUCAGGCAGCUGGAGGCUGACAUUUUGGACGUCAAUCAGAUAUUUAAAGAUUUGGCCAUGAUGAUCCAUGAUCAGGGAGAUUUGAUUGAUAGCAUAGAGGCCAAUGUGGAGAGCUCUGAAGUGCACGUUGAAAGAGCCACAGACCAGCUGCAGCGAGCUGCCUACUAUCAGAAAAAAUCCCGGAAGAAGAUCUGCAUCCUGGUGCUUGUGCUAGCUGUGGCUAUAGGAAUCUUGAUAUUCAUUAUCGUGUGGUUAUCCAAAUGAAGCAGCCACUUCCCUCAGAGUCCGCUCCUGCUGAACAGCUUCUUCCAAGCAAGAGUGUGUUGGCGUCUCCAGAGAAAACUGGUCCCCUUAAGAGAGCAUCCCCAAGCUCCCUGUUAGCAAUCUAGGUAGAAACUAACCGCUGGUGACUAGAACUUGGGAUUGGUGAACCGCGGAGACAGUCUUUAUCAGUUUAUGUACAAAUUGUAUCAGUUUUGCAAAUUAGGAAUUAAUUUAUGUGGGUUUUUGCUUUCUCUCGUAUUCUGAUUGCUCUCUGUCCUGAAUGUCCGCGGAUGAGUGAGUCCUUGGAGAUUCCGUUCUUGAAGUUCUUGUUUGACAGGUAACACACUACAUUCUUGUGCUAUUGUCUUUUUCUGUGUGUGUGCUGGAACAGCCUUUUACCAGCAACUGGAACAGAAGGAUUUUCUGGCAGCCAGAGGAAUGGAGGCCAUCAGGAACCUUUUUAUAAGCCAGCAAUUUUUCUUACUUGCCAUUUUGAUUUGAGAUUUCCAAGAAAAAUAUUCUCCAUCUGCGUUGGAAGAUUUCAGCCUGUGUUUUCAGCUGGAAGUGCGAACUGGUCAGUCUUAAUUCAGGGCACACCUCUCAUCUGACUUCAUGUUUCAUCCUUUAGUUUUCCGCCACCACCACUGAGGUCAGUCAGUCCAUGGUGGCCUCGCCCCAUUUCAGUUGUGUUCUGGCGGCACUUUUUUUGGUUUUCAAAGGAGCUUGUUAUUGUUAACCUAUAUAUUUAUUAGCACUCACUGGGGCCCUUCUCUCAUAUGUCUGUAGAAAGAGGAUGAUUGAGCAACCACUCCCGUUUAAAAGUGGCGUUCUUAUAACAGGCUAAAUGAGAGCAGACAAUUUGCAGUGACUUCAAUUUACUUUCAUUUAGUUUGUGAUUAUGAGUUCCUGGUGAAUGGCGAUUGUUGCUGUCACAAAACUGAACCCCCCAGCCCUUGCCCCUCAAAAGUCUCGGGGGUGUUGAAUGGAAGAGAACUUUUAAAAAUUAGCCAGAAGUUUUCUUUAAUAACUUGUCCCAUGGACCUGAGGCUAGGGUGGGUAAAAGGAUCAUUUUGUAAAUAAUGCUAGUUUGGAACAGUAAUGCUAACCCUUGAAACUAAUUUAUGAAUAGGAGACUCAGCUCUGUGCGCAUAGUUUAGACUGACUGAAAAUGUUUGAAAUAAACCCGCCCUCAUGCCACUAAGAUGUGGCCUACGUCCCCCACCUGUCAGCCUGAAGCAAAUGGAGUGAGCUCAAUGUGAACCAAGCCACCUGGGGAUAAGCUAGCUAGCGUGGCCAGUCCAAGCAGAUCAAUGUCAUCCACCCUCCCUCAGCCUCCCUUGGUGUUCGUUUACUCCUCUUUGACUCAUCCAACUGUGAAAAUUAGGAAAAACAAGGCCCCAGAAUUGCACCCAUUUCUUUGCACUAUCGCAUCACCAUUCCAUCCAAUGAAUAUCAAUAAACAUUUUUAAAAGCUUUUUGAGUA